CUUCGUCAAGAUCCAUUCUCCUCUCAUCCCCGCGCUGCACACUUCUCUGCACCGCGCGCACAGCCGCCGUUGCACAAGCCAUUGCCAUCUCUGGCCGUCAUGCUCGCCCACACCAAUCCACCGCCAACACGAACCGGGUGAGGAAUGAUAGCGACCAUCGCAGCAUCAGAUAUUGCCGCCACGUGCUUCAUCGCAAGACCCCAUCGUCCUCACAGCAUCGGACGCCGCCGCCGCAUGCGCACAGCGGUGCUGCAGCGGGGCGCUCGUCGGCGGCCCCCGGUGCUGCGAUGCAGAGCUCGCGCGGAGGCCCGAAGCUCGGUGCUGCCACGAAACUUCGCAGACGGCUGCAAAUGGAGCUUCACUGACGACUGCAAUGGAGCUUCAACGCGGCGCCCGGAGCUGCGAUGAGCACGCAAAGCUGCAAUGAAUCUUCACCGGCGCUGCAAUGGAGCUUCACCGGUGAGCCCCAAGCUGCGGCGCGGCAGGCGAUGCUACAAUGGAGCUUCACCGGCGGCUGCAAAUGGAGAUGACAGGUGGCCUAAGCCGCGAUGCAACGGGGUAAGCGCUGCAGUGUAGCACCGCCGGCACCGUCGACAACAGGAAUGAAGCUUCACCGGCGAGCCGGAGCUGUGAUGCGGUGGGCAGUGCUUCAAUGGAGCUUCAGCGGCGGCUACAAUGGAGCUCCACCGGCGGCCCUGAGUCGCGAUGGAGUGGUGUUGAAGUUGCAGUGUAGCAUCACCGGCGCCGUCGACGACAGCGAUGAAGCUUCAUCGGGGCUGCAGUGUAGCUUCAUCUUCGGCAGUGGGAAGGGGGUGCGGCUCCUGCCGCUGAGCAUGCAGUGCUGCGUCCAUGUGGCGACGCGGUUGGUGGUCGCGUUGACCUGAUCCAACGAUUGUUAGGAGAUGAAUCCAACGACGCGCGACCUGACUAAUUUUCCCCAAAAAUCAGUCGGAUGAUUUGUAGCAGCCCCAAAACUUAUUGAGAAUCUAGUACGUCCAGGCCAGAAAGCGCAUUCGACCAGGCAUAUGCCGCUCUGGACAAGAACCAAACUAGCUCUUGCAGGUCGGAGGGGACAGCGUCUCUCUCCGAGACAGAAACACCUCCUCUGCAUCCACACAACGCACUCACGGACCUACACAGUCACCCAUGGCGCCGAGCAGCACCAACCGCGGCCGCCGCCGCGUGGUCCUCCUACCGCUGUCCUACCAAGGCCACAUCAACCCCAUGCUGCGCCUCGCCGCCGCCCUGCACUCCCGCGGCCUCGCCAUCACCAUCCUCCACCCGGAGACCCGCGCGCCGGACCGCCGGAAGCUCCCGGCGGACUACCGCCUGGUCACCAUCCCGGACAACAUACCGCCGGAGCUCGCCGCGUCCGGGGACGUCGCGUCGUUCGUCUUCGCGCUGAACAAGAACUGCGCAGCGCCGUUCCGGGACUACCUGGCCGGCGCCCUCAGGGCGGAGGAGGAGGGGGAGGACGGCCGCGUCGCCUUCGUGGUGGCCGACGUCGACUGGUUCGCGCCGCUCUCCGUGGCCAGGGAGCUGGGCGUGGCCGCUCUGGCCCUCAUGACCAGCAGCGCCGCCAGGUUCCUGGUGUACCUGGCGUACCCAAGCCUGUGCCACAAGGGCUAUUUGCCCGUCCAAGAGUCAAAUUUCAACACUGCGGUUGAGGAGCUUCCCCCCUUUCUUGUACGAGACUUGGAUCGCGUGAUGGACAUGGCUCAACACCUCGCGUACGCCGAUCUUCUCGCCCACAUCGUGGCCGGCGUGAGGCAAUCAUCCGGCCUAAUAAUCAACACAUCCGAAGACAUGGAGGGCAGGGAGAUUGAGAGGAUCCGCAGCGAGAUCACCCUUCCGGUGAUCGCCGUCGGCCCUUUGCACAUGAUGACGGCGUCUUCAUCCGUCGGGAGCAGCCUACUUACAGAAGAUCGCAGCUGUUUGGACUGGUUGGACACACAACAACCAAACUCUGUGAUCUACGUGAGCUUUGGGAGCCUGGUGGGCAUCGACACAGACGAGUUCUUGGAGAUGGCCUGGGGCCUGGCCGACAGCCAGCGCCCGUUCGUGUGGGUGGUCCGGCCGGGGCUGGUGCACGGUUGCGAGUUCAGCACGCUCCCCGAAGAGCUGCAAAAGAAUAUAGGUAGCAGAGGCAGAGUAGUCAGUUGGGCUCCGCAGCAGGAGGUGCUGAAGCAUCCGUCUGUGGUCGCGUUUCUCACGCACUGCGGCUGGAACUCAACAACGGAGGGCAUAUCGGAAGGCGUGCCGAUGAUAUGCAGACCGCUGUCCAGCGAUCAGAUGGGCACUAGCAGGUAUGUGUGUGAUGUGUGGAAGGUGGGGGUUAGGUUGGAGGUGGAGAACCGGCUGAAGAGAGGGGACGUCCAGGCGGCCAUCACAAGAUUGAUGGAAGGAAAGGAAGGUGAAGAGGUCAGGGAAAGAAUGAAAGAUUUGAGGCAUGCGGUGGGGAAGUGCACUGAUGAAGGUGGGACAUCUGAUGUUGCUUUGCAACGUUUGGUGGAUUUCAGUGUUUAAGCUACCACUUAACUAUUUAGACUAUGGCUAGCAAACAUGCUCGUGCAUUGCAACAGAAGAAAUGUCUCUAGCUCAUGGACCCGUGCAAUACAACGGGACGGGAGUCAAAGGAUGCUUUUCUUUUUGCGGGGACGCUAAACAUGCUCACUAUGGCUCUUCCUCAAUCAUCAAUGCAAGAUUUCUAAAAUUCAUGCGUGUGCUUCUAUCAAUAGCUAGUACUAAGGAUGAAGUUUUAUUGCCACGCAAAAUUUCAAGUUGAAACACACUACAAGAUGUCAGCUAUAAAAAAGACAAAAUCAACGUUGAAUAGUGCCAAACAGUAAUGUCACUAUUUAGGGCUGAAUUUGUCUUUUUCAUAGCUCACUUCUCAUAAUGUGUUUCAACUUGAAAUUUUGCACGGCAAUAAAACAUCACCCUCUCAACA